AUGCUGGAUGCGAUUGGAACAGGACGUGGUGCGCUUCACCGUGAUCCCCGACCAAGGAACCCAAGCAUGGGCCCAUCUCCCAGUUGUAUGAGUCCAUUCGCCAUGCUGCAACGACUCCCAUCUAACAAGCGCCCCAGGACACCAUCUUUGACGAAGAUUCCUACAACAUCGAAUCCAACACCGACGCCAUCAACAUCGAAAUCAACAUCGGGGUUCUCAACCGCGCCCUCCGCUCAGCCUUCGGCGCAUCCCACGCCCAACUCCGCCUCACAAAGAAAGACAAAAUCCCCCCUUCUAGCACUCACCGUCCUGGCAACCGAAUGGACAGAAGGGAACAUGUCCCUAGCAACUGACAAUCUCGCCCAAGACCCCACCAACACAGCCGCUCACAGCGACGUCGUCGGAGACCGCCGCGCCCGCGAACGCGAGACCUGGAUCACGCAGGAAAUCCCGAUCAAGAUCCUCGGCGAAGCUGCCGUGGAAGGCCUGCAUGAGCCGCAUUGUCCCGAUCCGGAGGUGCAUAUCGCGCUACCGGGCCUGGCGCAGCUGAAGAGUAUCAGUGACCGGUUCACGAGGCUUGCGUCUUCGGAUGCGAAGAAUAGGCAGCCGGGGAUGGCAGCGGCGGCGGUGGGAGGAGUAGGGACAGGGGAGGGUACGACUGGGGCGGCGGUGCUUUCAACUAAUACGGCGCCGAAGCUGGAGUUUUCGGCGAAUAUGCACGGGAAGUUGAAGCUGGCGAUUGCGACGGACGAGUUGCGGAUUGAGAGUGUUUGGUCGGGGCUUGUCAAUCCACCGCUUGAUCCGGCGCAUAUCUCCCAUGAUCAGUAUUCGCAGCUGCCCAGCGAGCGGAUGAGGGAGCUUGGGGAAGAUGAUGAGUUGGGGUGGGCGAAGGUGAGGAUUGACGGGAAGGACUGGAGUCGGGUGUUGAGUAUUGGGCGGUUGAGUCCAAAGGUUGUUGCUUGCUUCAUUAAUGACACAGCUUUGGUUCUAUAUGUCUAUCUUCCUAACACAUACGAUGGGGAAGAGUCUUGUUUAACAUAUUACAUCAACUCGUUCACAACAUAG